AUGGAGACGCUUGCUAAUUACCAGUUGAGCAUUCAUGAUCAAGAACAUAAAAGAGAUCUGGACAAAACAAUGGAUGAGAUCGAUGAGCAAACUGAGGAGCAUGAUGAAACAGUUCCAGGAGACAUUGUCAGCACCAAAUUGGUGCAGCUGCUGAUUAUGAUGAGGUAUUGUUUCGUGCAGGAUGAAUUGGAAGCUGAGCUUGGAGAACAUGAAGGAGCCUACUUGGAGGAACAGGCUUCUCCAGGCGGCCACAGUUGCCCCUGUACCAGUUGUAUCUGUCCCAUGUACCAGUUGAUGAAGUCGACGAGCUUGCUGCUUUACAGACAGGGAUGA